GCAAUUCCCUUUCGUAAACAAGCGGUCACUUCCUCUUGGGAACACAUGUCUUAGCACGUUACGUCAGUUUAGUGGAUGUUUUGCAUAGCGCUUAUUAGCGCUAAUGUAGCAAUAACAAACGCAUCUAAAAAUGGAGGUAACAUCAGACAGUCGAGACUUUUUGGACUCUCCUCCUGCUAAAACUGUUCGCUUCGGGGGCACCGUUGCGGAAACGUUAGCUAAACGUGAACGGGGAGACUGCUGUGACUACGAACUGCUGAAGCGCCAGCUGUCUGAUCCAGAGAUAAAGGAUGGCCAGCUCAUCUCCUGGCUACAAGAGUUCCGUGGUUGUGUGACUCAUCUCACCAAGGACCACGAGCAGCUCAUCUACACCAUCUUGAGACUUCCGUGGGUGGGCCGGAGCCAGGCUGUGGUGGAGGAGUACAUGGCUUUCAUUAGUAGCCUGGUCUCAGCACAGACAGUCUACCUGUGUGCCUGCAUCAAGAUGGUGGUCUCCCACUUUACUCCCAAGAGAGUGAUUAUCUGCGAGGGAGGGGUUGAUAUCUCGGAUUCAGAUGAUGAAGAUGAAAACCUCCCAAGAAACUUCAAUCUGUGUCAUGAGGCAUUGCAGCUUAUCAUCAGAUAUGUUCCAAGCACGAGUCGCUUUCUGAUGCCCAUUCUGACUGAGAAGUUUCCCUUCUUGCAGAAAUCCUCCACAACGCUUGAGUGUUACGUCCACAACCUCCUGAGGGUGACCAUCUACAUACCAUCCAUUCGGCGAGACGUGCUGGAGCUGAUUGUUGGAAAGAUGCUCAAACUGGACGUCGGUGCACCAAAGUCCGACAUCGAGGAAGCAGAGGAAGUGCUGAAUCAGCGGGCCGAAGAAGGACUCUUUGACAUGGAUGAGGACAUAUCAGCAGCUCCGCCCUCCUUGGGGACUGGGAUGGCCCACCCAGUGGCUGACAGGCUGGACACUCUCAUGGUGGUUCUGAUGGCCUACAUCAAAGACGUCUGCCAUGUCGAUGGCUUCCUUCAGGUGGAAAAGACUAAGGAUCUGUACAGAGAUCUGUUGAGUGUAUUUGACAAGCUCAUCCUGCCAACUCACGCUUCCUAUCAUGUCCAGUACACACUGUUCUACCUGUGCAGCUUCAGAAUGGGGUUCGCCGAGGCCUUCUUGGAUCACCUGUGGAAGAUUCUGCAGAGUCCCUCUCAGCCCGCUGUCCUCCGCCAGGCGGCUGCCGGAUACCUGGGGAGCUUCCUGGCUCGGGCCAAGUUCGUCCCUGUACUCACCGUGCGGUCCUCUCUGAACCUGCUCAUCGCCUGGAUCCAUCGCUACAUCGACACCCAGGACGGCAGCGACAGGCCGGCCUGCUGUGACGUCAGCCUGCACGGGCCCUUCUACACCGCCUGCCAGGCCGUCUUCUACACACUCAUCUUCAGACACAGAGCCAUGCUGGAGGGCGACAUGAAGAAAGGUCUGGAGUACCUGCAGAGUCUGAACCUGGAGCGGGUGGUGACGUGUCAGCUGAACCCUCUCAAAGUGUGCCUGCCGGCAGUCACCAGCAUGUUCGCUGCCAUCAGCAGGGUGUAUCAGGUGGUGUUCUGCUACAACAUCAUAGAGAGGAACAACCGCCACAUGCUGCCGGUGGUACGCAACUCUGCAGGAGGAGACAGUGUGACCACCAACACCAACCCUCUGGACAGCUUCUUCCCCUUCGACCCCUACCUGCUCAAGAGGUCUCUUAAGCUGAUUGAGCCGCUGUACCAGGUCUGGGAGGAAGAAGCAGACACGGAGCAGCUCGCCAUCAAAACAGGACAACAGGGCUCGAGGGGGGACGAUGAUGACUUCCUGUUUGGAGAGACGCCCCAGACCGAGAGCAUUGUGGGUAUGACACCCAGCUCCUACGACUCGAGCCUCCACAGCCCCAGCUGAAGGGGUUCACCCCCCACCCCCCUCCCCAGGGACCCUGAUCAUGUACAUGAUCUUACAUUUAAGAUGCCAACAUCGACUGAACAGCACAUGAACGCACAAGAGAACUCCCAAGUCAAGCUGUUUUAUGUUAUGAAUGAUCACAGUAGAGUACACAAAGUAUUAUCAGGUCUGAAAUGAACUCUACACUCUUCUGCUUCUGAGUCCAGUCAACUCAAAUGACAAAGCUUGAUACGGCGGCAUAUUGUGUCGCCGGUAGAAUGUUGUUCUGGGGCAAUUGUAUUUAUUUGUUGGUGAAACUCUUCAUAUGAAGCUUGGUGCAGACAGCACAACAGUCCCCAGAAACACGCGAGACGUUCACGCUGCAUUGAAGCAGUUGGGACCGAUGAUCAUGUCCGUGGGGAAAGUAAGGAAAGGGAAAGGAAAGGGCCGUGUUUUUCCCCAGGAGCUGUCGGUUACCAACGAGUCUCAAUGCACUGUGUGUCUGCAGUAACUGUCCCCAGUAGUGGAGCUGUGUUGUGUAGUGGUGUAUGCACAAGGACGUUAUUACAUUUGUAAUAGUAUUGCUCCACUAUUCUAAUAACUGAUUUGAGUUAUUUGGGCUUUUAAUUUUCUUUAUUAUUGUUUACGUCUCUGUAUGGGUGUGUUUUCUGUCCAUGUUAAGACCAUGUGCUCACUAAAGCCCUGCUCUUCAGUUUGACCUCAGUGACCUCUCUCCAAUCAGUUAUGUGAGGAGCCUGUAGGCCAUUUCACAGCUCAUAGUUCUUCUUAGUCAAUCAGUCAAAAUAGAUAAUCAAAAUGUUUUUUUAUGUGUAGGGUCAAGCAAUGGUUAUGACAACUCCAAAACAUGUUAGACCGGAGGUCUCCAACCUUUUUUGCCUCACGAACCGUUUGUUAUAAAGUACUUCCCGGACCUCUUGUCAGUCAGGAAUCGGGGAGUGCGAGUUGUCCUCAACAUGAUCGAAGGUCUCCAGGGGCCACUUGUGAAAAUUUCUACACUUGAUGUGCUCCUGGCAGAAAGCCGUAUCACCCAAAAUGAGAAGGUGCAAAUUCUGCCCUUGCCCGAGUUAUCUAAAAAUAUUGAGCUCCAAUGUGCAAUGCAUAAAUCUGCAAAGAUCCCGCCAUUAGUACCUGCCUCGCAUGCAACUAAGGCCAGAUCUGUUUUUCUGUUUUUAUUGUAAUAUUUCGUUUUGAAAGGUUAAAUGUUUUUUAAAUCAAUAGUGACGUCAAGUAAUGAGUGGACAUGAUGUUGAAUAAAAAGUUGAAACAAA